AUGCAUCGGGGCUGGGCGCUCUGCCUGUCGCUCUGCUGCUACCUGCGCCUGGUCAGCGCCGAGGGGGAUCCCAUUCCCGAAGAACUCUAUGAGAUGCUGAGUGACCCCUCCAUCCGCUCCUUCGCGGACCUGCGGCGUCUGCUCUACGGAGACUCUGCAGAUGAAGAUGGGGCUGAGCUGGAUCUGAAUUUGACCCGACCCCAUUCUGGAGACAAGUUGGAGAAUUUAUCUCGAGGAAGGAGGAGUCUGGAUUCCACGGCAGUGGCAGAGCCCGCGGUGAUCGCCGAGUGCAAGACUCGCACGGAGGUGUUCGAGAUCUCUCGGAGCCUCAUCGACCGCACCAACGCCAACUUCCUGGUGUGGCCGCCAUGCGUGGAGGUGCAACGCUGCUCCGGCUGCUGCAACAACCGCAACGUGCAGUGCCGGCCCACACAGGUGCAGCUGCGGCACGUCAAGGUCAACAAGAUUGAGAUUGUGAAGAAGAAGCCAGUCUUCAAGAAGGUCACGGUGACGCUGGAAGACCAUCUGGCCUGCAAGUGUGAGACGGUGGUGACCUCGGGGGCCGUGACUCGAGGCUCCAGGACUUCCCAGGAGCAGCGAGCCAAGACGCCCGUGACACGGGUGGCCAUUCGGACCGUGCGUGUCCGCCGGCCUCCCAAAGGGAAGCACCGGAAAUUCAAGCACACGCAUGACGACAAGAAGGCACUGAAGGAGACCCUCGGUGCCUAGAGGCAUCUGUGGGGGAGUGUGGGCAGGGUUAUUUAAUAUGGUAUUUGCUGUAUCGCCCCCAUGGGGUCCUUGGAGUGAUAAUAUUGUCCCCCCUCGUCCGUCUGUCUCAAUGCCUGAUUCGGACGGCCAAUGGUGCUUCCCCCCCUCCACGCACCCGCCCGUCCCCUCUGCCAGGGCGUCUCCUGCAUCUCGCCCCGGAACCUCAAGGAAACGAAGGACCGGUCCGGAGCGUCACUGCUGACUUCCUCUGACCUCAGCCUCCAUGCCAAGAAAGACUGAUGGGGGCAUCAGGGAAAGGGGCUUCUUUGCCAGCUGGCACCCAGGACCACGGCCACGUAGGGCCAAAGGGACACAGACUGGGGAGUCUCUUCUGCCAGGCCUAGCCUGGUCCAGCCCGCCACUGCCCCUUCGCCACUGCGCACAGCAGCUCCUGCCCUGCCUCCUACAUGGGUAGUCGUGAGUGUGGAUGUCUCGGGGCACCCCUGGGCACAGCACCAGGUGGCCCAGCGACGUCAGACGUCCAGAAGGGGCGUCCACGCUCGGAGGAGGAGAAGGAGGAGGUUGGUGGGCAUCCCGGGCUCCUCUCACUCCUACUGCCCCUGCCCACCACCUAUCUCAUCAUCUCUACCUCCGCCCUGCUGCUCCCUCUAACCGGCCUUCCUGCCUACCCUACAUGGGGUGGGGGGCAACCCCUUACUGAGGCCUCAGAUGACCUCAGUCACUGCUUUCUUGGGCAGAAGACCUGGAUUCAAAGCAGCAGGGCACCUGUCCACUCCCUGCCCAGGCCAUCAAGCUGACCAUGGGAGGUUGCUUGGGGCAUGCACUGGGUGAAGAGGUGGGCAGGUAGGUGGCCCUGGGCACUCAGACAAGCCAGUGGGAACAUUUAGAAGUUGCUGCCAGCCAGGCCGGUGCACUUAGUAGGACUAUUUUCUGGCAAAGGCAAGGCAAGUGUCUUAAGAAAAGGGGCCUCUUCCUAGUCUGCACAAUAUUGGUUGGGUCUGGAUUGACCCGCUAUGUGGAGCUUUUGAACAGGAAUGGUGCCCUCAGAGGGACAAGGAGGCCAUGCUGGUCCCCCUGACCUCAGAGUC